AUGUCAAUCUUUCGGCCAGGCCGGCUGAGGACGGUCCUCUCAGCGACGGCCGCAUUAAUUCUCAUUUGUACUUUCUAUCUAUAUUGGACUCCGCCUCCGGCUUCGACGAUUCCUAGCACUGUCUUUGAAGUUCCUCUCACCGAACGUCAGAUUGCCUUUUGGAAGGUGCUAAGGUCGAUUUUAGAUGCACAUGCACCAAAUUGCCCGUCCCCCACACUCCAGGCUUCUGUGAGCGCAGUUCAUUUCAAUGCCACAACAGUCGACCCACGUCCCGACUUGAUUGUGUUUGGCGAGAAUGAUCUCGACGUGCUGACAGAGGCACAUGCGAAUUAUCUCAAUGAUAUCAGGACGGCGCAGAAGUUGCGUCCGGCCCACUCUCCCGGAACUCGGGGUAUAGUUACGACGGCCGGGGGUUCCUAUCUUCCCGUAUUUCUGUCAUCCUUGCGGAUGCUACGCCGCACAGGGUCAACUUUGCCUGUGGAGGUGUACAUGAAGGAUGCAAGCGAGUAUGAAAAGAAAAUCUGCGACAAGGUCCUCCCAGAUAUGGGUGCGCGAUGCCUAAUCCUCUCCGAUGUUGUAGGCAAGGAUGUCAUCCAACAUUACCAACUAAAGGUCUUUGCGGUCCUCUUUUCUUCGUUCGAGGAGAUUGUUUGGAUGGAUGCCGAUUGCUUUCCAAUGGACAAACCCGAGAUAUUGCUCAACCAUGAACCUUUCACGUCCACUGGCUUAGUGACUUGGCCCGAUUUCUGGGCGUCGUCGGUUUCUCCGGCAUAUUAUAACAUCUCCCAGCAGCCCAUGCCUCCGAUGACCGAGCGACAAUCCUCGGAGACCGGUAUCUUCCUCGUCUCCAAGAAGACGCACUAUCUCACACUGCUACUCGCUGCCUAUUAUAACUACUAUGGACCGUCGCAUUACUUCCGACUAUUGUCUCAGGGUGCACCAGGCGAGGGCGACAAAGAAACGUUCCUGCAGGCUGCGACUGCGUGGGUGAACCUUUCUACGCGAUGGCGAGUUCAGGACCCCUCUGUGGACAAGCCGCCUCGCGUAUUUUUCAUCCAUGCCAACUACCCCAAGUUCAAUCCUGCAGAGAAUGUCUUUGGGUACAAUUGGGAAACUACACCUACCCUUCGACCCGAUGGCACAGAGGGGCGCGCAUGGACUGCCCCUGAAGACGUCCUACGCCGGUUUGGGAUUGACAUCGAGAGAGCCUACUGGGAAGAGAUCAAAUGGGUUAGCUGUAGUCCCGACAUAGAAUUCAGAACGUGGGAAGGCAAAACGGGUGUGUGUGAGAAAGUCGAGAGCUACUGGAACACAGUCUUUGCAGAACCACACGAUGACGACCCUAAGUUUGUUGACGAAGGCUAA